AGUAGUCCAGCCCAGUCGUACAGUCAUACGAAAGAGACACAUCGCUGAGUCUUAUUUAUUAUCCCAGAAAACAAUUCAUAUUUUAUGCUCGUCGCCGCAAAACAUACACAGCGAGUCUAGCAUUGCUCGGAGAAAAGGGGUUUUGUGUUUCUCGGAUUCAAGAAAACCCAUCAAAUUUCUCAGGUUCUUGAUUAUUUCGCCAUGGCUUUGGAUGGAAACAUUCAGGAGCACAACAGUGACGCAGCCCAUCAGUUAUUAACCAUGUGCACACAUUCUUAUUUUGAUCUUACCCAUGUUUCUCCUGUGGUGUUUUUGUAUCUCCUAAAGGAGUGUUACGUUCGAGGCAAAUGCAAGGCAACAAUGAAAUUUCGUUCUCUUCAGCAAACAGUCCAUCAAGUUUUAUAUAAUGCUCCAAGACCUGGACCAGCUAUAUUUGUCGCUCGCUGCCUCUUGGUGUUGCCUAUAUUUGAAUCACAUUGCGAAGGAUUCAGUCACUUACUAAUAUCCGCCCUUCGUCGUUUUCUCAUAAAUGGAACAACUAAAGAGGAUAUGCUUGAAGCAAAGUUCCUUGCCUCAAAAUUGUUUCUCAACACUGUUGGGGGGAUUGGUCAUGACGAAAGGAUUCUCAUAAAGAUACUUGAAGUGUUUGAUGUUAAGCUGGAAGAUAUUGGAAAAGUCAUCUGCAAUCCAGAUGUAAAGGAUGAAAACAAUUUGAAUGCAGCAAAAGAAUUUAUUAAGCAAUAUAUCCUUAAUUUGGUAGAGUCCAAGUCAUAUAUGACAGCUGUCACUUUGCUGGAACAUUUCGGUUUCUGCCAGUUCGGAGAGGCAUUUUUGCUUAAAAUGAUGGAGCAUAAAGAAUAUACUGCUGCCGAAAAGUGGGCAGCUUUUAUGGGAAAGCCAAUGUUAUGUGUCCUUGUCCAAGAAUACCUUGAUCGCUCAAUGCUAAAAAAUGCAUACAAUGUCAUAAGAAACAACAGUCUGAAAGAUGAAUUUCCAGAAGCCUAUCACAAGGGCAAAGAAAGCUCCAUUAAGAAAUUCGCAGAAAAGGGAUUGUGGGACAUUGCUGAGGAAAGAACAAAUAAGAACAAGCAACAUCUUGAAUAUUUGGUUUAUCUGGCAAUGGAAGCUGGUUACUUUGAAAAAGCUGAAGAGCUUCGUGAGCGCCACGCGCUUGAAGGUUUUGCAAAUCUUGAUGAACUGCAGGCGAGCCUUCCAAAAACUCGUUUUUUUGAUCUUAAUGAACUGGCACUGGAUGGCAUCAAAUGGGUUGACGAUGUCAGUGGUUUGCGUGAUGCUACAUGCCACAUCGAGGGGUGCAAAGUCAUUGGCAUUGAUUGUGAAUGGAAACCUGUUUAUGAAAAAGGCAAAAAGCCUAAGGUUUCUAUCAUUCAAAUUGCUUCAGAAAAGAUGGUCCAUAUCUUGGACUUGAUAAAGUUGUUUGAAGAUGUACCGGAAGUUUUGGACAAUUGUUUGACCCGCAUAUUUCGUUCUUCAAAAGUUUUAAAGCUUGGUUAUAACUUCCAGUGUGAUGCGAAACAACUAGCUCGUUCUUAUGAAUCUCUGGAGUGUUUCAAGCACUAUGAGAUGUUACUGGAUAUUCAGAAUCUGUUUAAUGAACCUCGGGGCGGUCUUUCUGGCUUGACAAAGAAAAUCUUGGGAGCUGAACUAAACAAGACAAGACGAAAUAGUGAUUGGGAGCAACGCCCUCUAACUCCAAAUCAGUUGGAAUAUGCUGCUCUUGACGCUGUUGUGCUCAUUCAUAUAUUUGCACAUUUCCGGGGACAAUCACCACAGGGGUGGAAAGCACACAUUGUAAGUAGAAUUUAUUGUGGUCCUAUGGUCCCCGGACUCUCUUGGAAGUGCCGAAUAUGUGUCUAGGGAUUGGUAAAGGUACGUCCUGUGGAUGAACCAGUAAAGCAGAUGGAAUCAGCUUGAAGAACCAAGAAAUCUACAAGUUAAGUUGGAUAGAUAUAUACAGUCAGUCGGGAUACAUAGUCUUCUUAGUCCUUUAACUCGCAGUUGCCAUUUCUGACAUUUUCCGAGAAUAGGACAUGGCACUUGUGUAUAUAAUGGCCAUUUUCUUUGUCAAGAUACUGGAAUGUCAGAAGUGUGGCAAGUAGUGUAAUUUGCAGGUUACUGAAAGCUGGAUCAAAGUUGUUUUGAGGAACUUAAGUAUGAAGCAAAUCAUACUGCAUUCUCAUCUUCAAUAUGUGAAGAAAUUUGCUGAAACUGUUUCCAGUAUCUUGUUGGAAAAUUCGGUGGUUCGUUUUCAAAAGCUUUGAUUAUUACAGAUUUGUUACAUACUUAUAUAAUGUUAUAAUUUAAUUAUGCCUGCUUCGUUUUCAAAAACUUCAA